AGCAGAAGAGCUCCGGAAAGAAACUCCUUCACGAACCCAAGGCUGCUGCACCUCCUGGAAGCUCUUCACCAUGAGACAGUCGCUCAUGUCCGUCGUCUUCGCCGCAGCACUCUUGAUCGAGUGCUAUGCACUGUCAGUGGCGUCGCCAGUGGGCAAGACUGAUGACGGCUCCUUGGAGCAGGACACUUUCGCCUCGCUGCUGAGCGACGAUGCGACAGAAAACGGCCUCGGCGACGCAGAUCCGGCCGCUGCGGGCAAAACCAGGAGACAGAGGGUAAUCGUCAUCGCCGAUCCGAGCCUGUGGAGGGACCUGCGGGUGCUGCACAGCGGAGUGUCCCUCUACAAGCGGAGAGCUGACGACAACAGCCAGGUCAUCGAGCAGAGAGACGCCGGCCAGGACCUGAACAUCCCCAUCCUGAGGAGGGACACAAUGAGGUGCAUGGUGGGACGGGUGUACCGGCCAUGCUGGGAAGUCUAGGACAUUUUGCUCUGCUUGUCCAGAUGCCCGAGCAGCGGACGACCACCAUAUUUUUGGGCGGCCUCAGGCUGAGAUGCAACAAAAUCCAAAUAUCUAUGUAUUAUAUUUAAAUUAUUGCAGAUCUGAGAAUUAAAAACCCCGAAUUCUGCCUUAA